ACGUUUGAUUAUCAGGAAUGCGCAAGUAAAUUGAUGGAGACUCGUGAAUUGCACAAUGUUUUGAGCGAGACUUGGUCAAAACAAAUAAAAGACAAAGAAGACACCAUUGAUGCUCUCCAAAAUAACAUCAGUAGUUUGAGGAAGGAAAUUGAUGGUUUGAAAAGCGGUAACGGUGACUUGGAGGCACAAUUGAUAGUUUUGGGUAUAAAAUUAGAACGUGCUGAUUUGGAUAAAGGUACUUUAAGCACUCAGUGUGCAGAACUGCUAUCCAAGUUACAACGACAAGAACAACUGUUACAAGAAGAGUUGAAACAAAAAGAUAUAUUGGUCCAGGAGCAUCAGGAUAUCUUGCAAGAAAACAAAUUAGAAGUGGACAAGUACUUGUUGGAACUUGAAGAUUUAAAAACAAAAUUAAACCGGGAACAAGAUGUUAACAAAGUGUUGUUGGCAGAAAAAGAACAAAAUUUGAAACUUGUGCAAAUUUGCAACAACAGAACAAUGAUUUGUCUUCUAAAAUUGAUGAUUUCACUGCACAAAUAUCCGCAGCUGAUGUCAACUUGCACAAGUUGACAUCGGAGCAUGAUAUUUUGCUUAAGAAGUCACA